AGAGCAUCGAGGCUGUGAGGAAGAUUUCGAGUCUGACAUCUACUAUACUUCGAAUGUGUGGGACAAGGAGAAGCUGCAGAUCUUCCCCUACUUGACCAGGGAUCUGUGAUGACUGGUCGAUGUAAGAUGCGGAAGCGAAGAUUGCAUCACCAGGGUAUAUAGAUCCGUGGAGGGUCCGAAGCAAAUCACCCUACGUGACCUUACGGGCUACCGUGAUGUUACAAUCCGCGAACCGCUCGUCAGUGACAUAAUUGAGUACAGCAAGAUCCAAAACCCACGCGGUUCCUUCACCACCGAGCGCAUGAUCGGGCAGCUAUACGAGGAUGGUACUGCCACGUUGGAUAUCCUCGGUCUCCAAUGUGUUGGUUACAAUAACGACCUCAAUCGCGCUCUGCAGGACGAACUUAGCAACCUUCAGGCUGAGCGUGACAUGCCUGGCCGAGCCCCGAGCGCUCCCGUGAGGUUGCACCGGGUCACUCGUAGCUCUGUUUUGGAGAUAUCGGGUGGGGUCCCGCCCGGCGUCGGCAAGCGACCUCGCGGAGACAGUGAUGCUGCUGAGGUCAGUCGUAGGCAGAAGGCAAGCAGAAGGUGAUUGCUUCGCCUGAAGUCCAUAUAGUCAAUGCUCUAUGUAUUUCGUAUCUCUUCUAGCUAUCUUGCUAUAUUGUUUGUUGUAUUCACACCGCGUAGGAUCUACAUUCUAGUAGGAACAUCCGUGUACCACACCUUGUCGCUGUUCCUCUGAAACAUGGCAUCGACCUUUUCUUUGCUUCGCUGUCAUGCUUUCCACGACAUAUUAUCCCGGUCUAUGAUAUCAAAUUAUGCGCAG